GAAAUUGCUGGAAUGUUGUCGGAAUCACGUGCCUGGUCGUGCAUUUAAGGUUUAGCGUUUGCUCUCCCCCGCCAUCAGCACUUUUUGGUUUUCGAUUAUCUUCACAUUGUCGCAACAAGAAGUCUAUCAAUAUCACCACAUUCAAAUUAAUACAACCUCCUCAAACAUGGGUUCUGUCGUUCUUCCUCAUCUCGUCACAGGCUGGCAUGUUGACCAGGCUAUCAUGUCAGAAGAAGAGAGACUUGUCGUGAUCCGCUUUGGGCGCGAUAUUGAUCCUGAUUGUAUGCGACAGGAUGAGGUACUUUAUAGUAUGUGCCAUUUUGCUUGGUUAUUCCCUCACAUCCCUUCUCCUUUUAUCUAUCUCACUGGGUCGUGUGCUAACGAAAGUUUAACAGAGGUGGCUGAAUUAGUCAAAAACUUUGCCGUCAUCUAUGUCUGCGACAUCGACCAAGUCCCUGAUUUCAAAACCAUGUACGAAUUAUAUGAUCCCGUCACGACCAUGUUCUUUUUUCGCAAUAAACAUAUGAUGUGCGAUUUUGGCACAGGUAAUAAUAAUAAGUUGAACUGGGUGUUGGAAGAUAAGCAGGAGAUGAUUGAUAUUAUCGAGACGAUUUAUAAGGGCGCAAAGAAGGGGAGAGGUUUGGUUGUUAGUCCUAAAGGUAUGUGGUGUUUUUGUUCGAUUUCAAGGCUUGAAAUUGCGGAAGGUCAGGUUGAGGAAGAAUGCUAAUUUUGAGAUAGAUUACUCUACCAGAUAUCGGUACUGAGAUCUCCUCAUGAAGGCGUUACGGCAAGAAACACUUGUGGGCCCUCUGAGUAUAAAUGCUUGGUGGGCGCAUGGAAAGGCGUUAAUGGCGGAUUAAUCUGAUGGAAAAUAGAUCCAGAGGAAGUCAAAGGGUUGGUCUCACACAAUGAAUUCUAUGAUCGUAUCUGAAGAUGCUAAUACUGCUCAAAGUAUGUGAACAUUUCCGGAAAAUAAAUGGUAGGUCGAC